UCAGCGACGGGACGUAGUGGUAUUGAAACGAAAGUCAGAUGCUCGAGCGCUCAACUUAAUGAAGCUCAGCCUCCGCAGUGACCACGCGCCAUGUCCUUCCGCAGGGUCAUGCCGCUUCAAGCAACAAGACACCUCGCCAUGUGGCUCGUGGGAAGCUAUUGCGGUGACCAUGGCGAUGAACGUCGCGCCCCGCGUCGCACAGAUGAAGCGACGUAGGAACAGCUACUUGCGACACCGUACAACAAAGGACCACUUAGGUGAAUCAUGGCUGCGACGGGCGAUCACUCCUCUUGCCACAUAUGUGGGGUUGAAGUCAGGCGCGAGCAGGCACCGCACGCCGACCUGGUCAGUGUGGAUCGAUGAAUCUACUACCGCCCCGGCAGACCCGGACUUGGCGUUCGGGUAGCUGUCGUCGAUCUGUUCAUUCACUUAGCUCUCAGCACUCACACGCAUUACACAGCCCGACUCUCUUAGCCUGUGCCGCGUAGUACUGUACGUCUGGUUGGCAACCCAUGUGGCAUGAGCGACAGCAACUCUAAAGCUUC